UGACUCUAAUCUAGAGACUCCGCGCGUGUCUGACAGGGACCUCGAAUCCGUCCGACGAGAGAAAGGAGAUAGGUAGCUACCGGAGUAAAUGUUGUCAACGGUGAAUAUGGACUCAAAUUGUCAAAAUUCUACGUUGAAUGCUAACCACUUGCUCGGUCAGUUGAACACGGCAAGGCGAGAGAUCAAUAAUUUAAGGCAACAGGUAAAGAGUCUGAGGUAUAUACUUGAUAAGGAUGUCGACAACAUAAAACGUCUCUUGGAACUGCAGAAACAUGGAGGAACCCAGUCUAAACUAAUAUCUUCAGAGGAAGCUAAACCUGGUACAAGUAAAGACCAAGAGAUCCUCAAAUUAAAACCCAUCGGUGUGAUUUCCACUUGGUUUCCUAACAAGAGAGCCACUCCACGACAACCUGGGAUCUGUGGGAAAGUUCCUGGAAAGCUGACGCUUUAUAAUUCUAUAUUUACAAAUCCAGAUCACGCCUUGCAGGGCUUACAGGAUUUCUCUCAUAUGUGGAUUUUAUUUCACUUUCAUAGGAACGAUUCCACACAUACUCGCGCAAAAGUGGCACCGCCCAGAUUGAAUGGAGUGAGAACAGGCGUUUUCUCCACGCGUUCUCCACACCGCCCUUGUCCGAUUGGGCUGAGUCUAGUUAAGAUUCUAAAGAUUGAGAAUCACACGAUUUACUUCGAAGGCGUCGACAUGGUGAAUCAAACUCCUGUCUUAGACAUAAAGCCUUAUAUACCACAGUACGACAGUCCACUACAUAUCGAGAAGUCGAGUAACAGGCUAAGAGAAAACAAUGCGAAUGUUUCGGACAUGCUUCACAAUAUGGAAGAAAUCCUCAAUUUGAGCGAGAAUCAGUCAGUUGACUCUUCUAAUGAUGAUACGGACGUUAACAACGACGAGCAAGCCGAGCUCAUCGACAUCUCUAGAGACGAGGAAAUAGCUUUGAGACUGCAAGUAGAAGAAUACGAAGCCUUCCCAAACAUCGACAGCUACGAUCUCACGAGACAAUCUUCCCAAUUAACGGAAACUCGCAUCAGUACCACUACUUCGUUAUUACCAGAUGACGCUAAUGUGGAUGUCGCACACAGAGGAAUAUACCGCGCUCAAAAUAGGUCGCCCAACGCGAGAACAGAUUCGGAUUUGUCCAGCGAAUAUAACGCAACGUUGACGACUGAAGUACAAGCGGACUCUAUCAGAGACUUGAAUAGCAGGCUACAGGACAUAGAUGUAAAUAAUCCUAGCAAUAUAGAAACGAUGUACACGCGAAGAGAUAACGACAGCGAAAUGAAUUACACAGAGAAUCAGAUUUCCCGCAACUCCAGGCUGUUGGACGGAGCGGACGGGCCGAGCACGGUUUGCGGCACCGACGUGGACUUGGUCAAUCGUCACGUAUUGCACGCGAGAGUCGACAAUUCUCCCGUAAGAAUGGGAAUACGCGAGGCGCCCGACGGAGAGGAGGGACUCGAGUCUCAGACUUUAACGCCCUCACAAACCUUGCCGAACAUUCACGUGGCAACAACUUUGCCAACCGGGCAAACAAACGCAAUGAUGGAGAGUAACUUUUCCGAGAUCAGAGUGCCGGACUGGAUAUCGCAGCCUCGUACGGCAGCACUGUCAGUGAUCUUUAACGAACGCGCCUUGAUGCAGUUGAGCGAAAUUCUGGACGAUAAGAUCGAUGAACAGAAACAGGCUAUAGAGAAUGUACUUAAGGAGGAUCCUAGAUCGGUGUAUCUACGACAAAGAUGGGGUAGCCAAUUUUAUACCUUUCUAAUACACGAUCUGCAUAUCACUUGUAGAUUCGACGAUAGCAGAGGUAUCGUCACCGUGUUCCAAGUACGACACGCGGGUCGUACUUGCGACUGCGGUGAGCCCGAAUGGCAAUGCUUAGGACACUCCUCGAUAUCUUAAUGUAUUAACGAAUCUGUGAAAGUGGAGCAUGGACAUACUCUAAAACAUAGAGAAGGAGAGCAAGGAGGCUCUUAUGCGCGCGUGACUUAGUUUAUAGAAAAUUAAAUAGUUACAAUAGAGGUAUCAUCUUCCACGGGGUUAACUUCCUCCAAGUACAUCUUUCUUGUAGAUUAAAAAUAAUUUAAUGUUUUACACUUAAGUAUAACUUCAAUGCAAAUGUACAAGUUCCUAUAUUUUGUCUUUACGUGCAAUUACGAUCUAAACCAGAUGAAAUUUUUAUCGAGUAAAAGAGUGAGUAAAAACAG